AGUCUGUGUUGCCAUACGAAGCGUUAAGGCGCGUUCACAAUGCAUAUAUUUUUGGUGGUCAAGAUGUGGUGCAGGAGACAGGCCGCGGCAGCCAUUUUGCCUCUGUUACUGGCUGGUUGGCUUACGGGGGAAUCCUCUGAGGCACUCACGACGUUCGGAAAGAGUAAUACGCAAGCGCCUAAAGAUGUUGCGCCGACGCCGCCUCCGGCCCGCGCAUGUUCCCGCCAGGCGGAGUGCGCUGGUAUAACCAGUUCAUCCUGUGUGAGGACCCACUACGACCCAGUGACACGGUGCCUGUGUGGGGACAAUCUGCCCCCGGUCAAUGGGCAGUGUGAAGCGCAGACGAAAACUCUCUACCACGUGUGCGCAAACAGUGACGAAUGUAACGACGGGCUGAUUUGCGGCUCGCCGAACAUAACUGGCGCUGCGCCUGCGCACAUGCGGGUGUUCAUGCCGCAAGACAAGAUCUGCCUGUGUGAUACUGAGAACGGAUACAAGGAGAAGGAACACACUUGCAAUGAUGCAGACAUUUUGAACACGUCUCUCUUCGCUAUCCUCGUCGUUUCUUGUUUAAGAAAAAUAGUAUUGUAAAUAAUUUAUAGUCGAACACUGCAAUUUUUAGACGUUUCUGAGUAAUAUGUUGCCUGCAAGCUUAUUUCGGUGAACUUUAAACGCAUUAGAUAUAGGAAUAUGAGGGGCGUAGCUAUCACCGUAUGUACAGAGGCCUCAAGCUUAGAGGAUUCUAACGAGUUUACUAUUGCGAGUUUUCCUUUACAUUCUUAUAUUGUGUGUCACCAUAAAUCCUGCCCCUCCCUCACAGAUACAUACAUAGCAAGGCUCGCUACGCCACUGAUGCUAGUAAUGACAUUAUCGAAAUAAUACCUAGACACGCUAAAUACAUGACAUUCUAUAUUGUAAUAUGCACUAUUUGUUGUAGGCAAAGCAAAUAAAAUAUGAUUGUUUAAACAUAGAAUUUUCGUAGUCUUUUGUAGAAUUUUGUAUUUUUUUUUUAUUACGAACGAUAAUUAAUUGUCUGUGGGUUAUAGAUACGCCGAAAGCGUAGAGUUCGCUUUAAUUGUAUUGGUUUUUAUCUAAACAUAUAACAUUCAUACUUUAUUAUUUAAUAAUUUCAAACCAGUAACAUUAUCAAAUACUCAAUAGAUAAUGAAUCAAUUAAUGUCUACACACAUAUACUUUAAUAUUCUAUUAAAUUAAUCGUAGUGCAAUGUUACGUACAAUUUAAAAUAAAUCCUAAAUAGAGCAGAAAAUUUAUGUGCCAUCAUCCUUUGUUCAUACUAAGCUUAGCCUUCUAUAGAAUUAUAUUAUCUGUGGCAUAGCUUACCAUUAUUCUAAAUAGUAAUUUCCAUAUUAUUAUGAAGCUUGCUUAAUAACAAUGAAUUAGGAUAUCACAUUGUAAUAGAUUUAAUCAUCUCUGUAAAUAGAUUAUUAAACGAAAUAA